GACAAAGAGCUGCGUGCACGUUAUCGCUCUAAAAGAGAGUUCAUUUUAUUUAUUACAAAUCUUGUUGCCGGUGAUAUAACUCACAACACUCGACGAAAUCACGCCUUGUCACCGCUGCACCAAGUUUUAAUUGCCCUCCGGCUCUAUGCAAGUGGAGGUUUCCUUCAAGUUAUAGGCGACACUUUCGGUGUGUGGAUAAGUCCGCCGUUUCCUUUGCCAUUAACGAUGUGUCUCGAACUCUUGCGGCAAAAUAACCCCGCUUUAUCAAGUGGCCUUUGUCACACGACGAAUGGGCAAAAAUUAAAAACGAAUUUUGUAUUCGCGGAGGAUUUCCUGGCGUUGUUGGAGGUGUGGACAGAACUCACAUGA